AUGACGUCCGAAGAUAGACUUGGGCGUCAAGAGGGCGAUUUCAUCGACCCAGAUACCUUCUCUGACGCGGACUCAACCAUUUCACAGAAUACGCAUACCCCAACGAUCAAAGCGAGAACGAGCGUCUGGGUAAGUGUGAUGAUAAGCAGAUCCUCACAGUUAUCUGAUACCUUUACAGAGAUCCAGCACAAUGUCUGGCUCCUCACUCUGCGUAGAAGUCUGGCACUCUGCCCCAAGGGUAAUGAGGCAGCAAGGAGAGUUCUUGAUGUAGGCACUGGAACAGGGUGUUGGGCUAUUGAAUAUGCCGAUGCAUUUCCACAGUCGGAAGUCAUUGGAGUGGAUCUGAGCCCAACUCAGCCGACUAUGGUACCUAUCAACUGCACAUUUGAAAUUGACGAUCUCGAAAAAGAUUGGACUUGGGCAAAACCCUUUGAUUUCGUCUUUAGCCGCGUCAUGGCGGGUAGUUUCGAGGAUUACGAUGCUUUCAUCUCCAAAGCCUACAAGGCCCUCGAGCCAGGAGGGUGGUUCGAAAUGCAAGACAUAGUCCUCCCCUACAAAUCCGACGACGGCACCCUCCACGCAGACCUCGAGCUCGCCAGACUAGGCCACUACUUCUGCGAAGCCAGUAAAAUCCUCGGCCGCUCAGUCGAAGCCCCGCGUCAUUACAAAAGCAUGAUGCAAAAAGCAGGCUUCAUCAACAUUGUUGAGCGUCACUUCAAAUGGCCUCUCAACGCAUGGGCCAAAGACCCUUACUACAAGGAGAUUGGCGCUUGGAGCUUUGCUAACCUUGAUGGUGGGCUUGAGGGCUUGACUUUGGCGCUGUUCACGAGGGGGAUGAAGUGGACUAAGGAGGAGACUAUGGUUUUUUGUGCGGAGGUGCGCAAGCACCUGAGGGAUCCUAAGAUCCAUGCUUAUCUUCCUGUUAUUGUUGUUUAUGGGCAGAAGGCAGAGUCAGCCUCUACUGACGAAUAAGCUUUGAGGAUCGAGUUCA